AUGCCGUCAGAUUGUCAUACUGUCAAAUCUGCAGGAUCGGAUAGACGGGUCCUAACCAGUUGCUUUCAUGGGGAAGGUAGUGUCACAGCCAAGUAUCCUGUCAAACCUGCAGGAUCGGAUAGACGGGUCCUAACCAGUUGCUUUCAUGGGGAAGGUAGUGUCACAGCCAAGUAUCCUGUCAAACCUGCAGGAUCGGAUAGACGGGUCCUAACCAGUUGCUUUCAUGGGGAAGGUAGUGUCACAGCCAAGUAUCCUGUCAAACCUGCAGGAUCGGAUAGACGGGUCCUAACCAGUUGCUUUCAUGGGGAAGGUAGUGUCACAGCCAAGUAUCCUGUCAAACCUGCAGGAUCGGAUAGACGGGUCCUAACCAGUUGCUUUCAUGGGGAAGGUAGUGUCACAGCCAAGUAG